GGCACUCGUGGCUUCAUACUUCAAGGACAAAUAUCCACUUGCCAAUGGACUAUCAACAAUGGGUUGUCCUAUUGGGAUGAUGGCUUACGGACCAGUUACCCAGGUGCUUCUGGGCACCUAUGGCUGGAGAGGAACCACGCUCUUAGUUGGAGGCAUCUCGUUUCAUCUGGUGGCGUGUGCUAUGUUAGUGCGACUGGACCCAUCUUCCUCUUCACCAGACAAUGAACAGUACCAAGAAGUUUCGGUAAACGAUGGGGACGAAAACCAGUCGUCGGGAGAAGGCAGAGAUUGUCCUGAUGACAAAACUGAUAACUCAAAGAAGAGUUGCUGCGAUCCAGACCAUCGACAAAAUAGGACUGGAAUGUGUUGCCGAAACAUUGUGAAAGCAAUUGAUAUGGCUUUGCUGACAGAUGUCAGGUUUGUUUUGCUAAUUUGUGCGAGAUGCACAGCCAGUUUUACCUAUAGUGCAUGGGUGGUUUACAUGGUGUCGCACGGGCAGUUUCAGGGCCUGAGUGAAAUUCAAGCUUCAUUUCUGCCCACUGCGUUCGGUGUUGGCAACGUUAUCGCAAAGUUGGUAUUGCCACUCCUGCAGCAGAUCGGCAUUAAACCGUCCAUGACAUUCUGGGCGUGUUUCGGGGCAGGCAUCGUCGGUGUAUCGUUCCUCCUUGACGCCUUCAUCAGACCUUUCAUCGGACAGUUAGCUCUUACUGGAUUCGUAGGCGUUGGUUACGGUGUGUUUUUUCAAGCCCUUGACGUCAUGGUACGGUUCCUUGUGAGUGAUGACCGGUUUGUUAGUGUCCUGGGAUGGCAAGGAAUGUUCACUGGCAUUGCUGGGACACUCGGUGGAUUGAUAUCAGGAUGGAUUUACGAGUGGACGGGCGGUUUCAGCAUAGUUCUUUGCGUGUUUGCUGGAGUGACGUUGUUGUCUAUUCCCUUCUUCGUUACCGAAGCUCUAUACGCCAAGCGAAAGAAACUCUAA